GACAGGUCGCAGUUGCUUUGUGGCUGUGAACUUUCGCCUGGCUGUGAGCUACGGUAUCGGGGUGGCGUGUAUUCGUACGGCGCUGAAAUGAGGCAGAAGCGGAAAGGAGAUCUCAGCCCUGCUGAGCUAAUGAUGUUGACUAUAGGAGAUGUUAUUAAACAACUGAUCGAAGCUCAUGAACAAGGGAAAGACAUCGACCUCAAUAAGGUGAAAACCAAGACAGCUGCCAAACACGGCCUUUCAGCACAGCCCCGCCUGGUGGAUAUCAUUGCUGCGGUCCCUCCUCAGUACCGGAAGGUCUUAGUCCCCAAGUUAAAGGCAAAGCCCAUCAGAACUGCCAGUGGGAUUGCUGUUGUUGCUGUGAUGUGCAAACCCCACAGAUGCCCACACAUAAGUUUUACAGGAAACAUAUGUGUCUACUGCCCUGGUGGACCUGAUUCAGACUUUGAAUACUCUACCCAGUCCUACACCGGAUAUGAGCCAACCUCCAUGCGAGCUAUUCGUGCUAGAUAUGACCCUUAUCUACAAACGAGACACCGGCUAGAACAGUUAAAACAGCUUGGUCACAGUGUGGAUAAAGUGGAGUUUAUUGUGAUGGGUGGAACUUUUAUGGCCCUUCCAGAAGAAUACAGGGAUUAUUUUAUCCGAAAUUUACAUGAUGCCUUAUCAGGACAUACUUCCAACAAUAUUUACGAGGCAGUCAAGUAUUCUGAGAGAAGCCUCACAAAGUGUAUUGGAAUUACCAUCGAGACCAGGCCAGAUUAUUGCAUGAAGCGACACUUAAGUGACAUGUUGACCUACGGCUGCACAAGGCUGGAGAUUGGGGUGCAGAGUGUGUAUGAAGAUGUGGCCAGAGAUACCAACAGGGGCCACACUGUCAAGGCAGUGUGUGAGUCAUUCCACCUGGCCAAAGAUUCUGGUUUCAAAGUUGUGGCUCAUAUGAUGCCUGAUCUGCCAAACGUGGGACUAGAACGCGACAUUGAGCAGUUUAUAGAGUUUUUUGAGAACCCCGCUUUUCGUCCUGAUGGUAUGAAACUCUACCCCACCCUGGUGAUUCGCGGUACUGGGCUGUACGAGCUUUGGAAAUCAGGACGAUAUAAGAGUUACUCUCCUAGUGACCUGAUCGAACUAGUGGCUCGGAUCCUAGCCCUUGUGCCUCCAUGGACUCGAGUGUACCGAGUGCAGAGAGACAUUCCUAUGCCCUUAGUCAGCUCGGGAGUGGAACAUGGCAACCUGAGAGAACUGGCGUUUGCAAGAAUGAAAGACCUUGGAAUACAGUGUCGGGAUGUGAGAACCAGAGAGGUUGGAAUCCAAGAAAUUCAUCACAAAGUACGACCAUACCAGGUUGAGCUGGUGAGGAGAGAUUAUGUGGCAAAUGGUGGCUGGGAGACAUUCCUGUCGUAUGAAGACCCUGAUCAAGACAUUCUGAUCGGCCUCCUGCGGUUGCGCAAGUGUUCAGAGGAAACCUUCCGUUUCGAGCUGGGUGGAGGUGUUUCCAUAGUGCGCGAGCUGCACGUGUACGGAAGUGUGGUCCCCGUGAGCAGCCGGGAUCCUACUAAGUUUCAGCAUCAGGGGUUUGGCAUGCUGCUGAUGGAGGAAGCAGAAAGAAUAGCUCAAGAAGAACACGGAUCCGGGAAAAUAGCUGUUAUAUCAGGGGUUGGCACCAGGAAUUACUAUCGGAAGAUUGGCUACAGGUUACAAGGCCCGUACAUGGUGAAGAUGCUGAAGUAAUGCCACAGCCAGUCCCCCCUCAUGGAGCGCCCUCCCUGGCAGAAGACAGCAGAUUGGCAAGGCAGACGGCCCGCCCCUGUCCCCCGCCAGGACUGUCCCCUCACCCUGUGGCCGCAGAGACUGGAAACUGCCUUCAAAGCCGGGCUGCAGGAGCCCGGAGCACCCUCACCUGUGCGUGCCCAAGAAGUCACUCCCUUUUUUAAGGCUGAAAUCAUUUCUCCGGUUUUCACAUUCCGCAUGUGGGCUGCAGGUGACCUGUUUUUCACUCAGUGACAAAAGCAGAUCGACUCACUUGGGCAGCGUAGCUCAGGGAGUAGGAUUCAUGAUAGUCAUUUGAGGAGCAGCCUUGGGGAAGCUAUUUAUAUACUCUAGGGAUGAAAGUCAGGGUGGGAAGCGUAAAAACCACCACACUUGCCUCUCUGGCCUUUCGCUACAUAAUGCAUUCACCCAGGAGUUAAGAAAAUGAGCUUCUGUGUUAAUGGAAGUCGGUCCUGUUACCAGGCUGAUGCUUUGACAUGAUGCUGAUGGGGAAAGUGGACUCAGGCUCAGGCUUCGUGUUAAACUCGAUGGCAGCUGUCACCGGCCCCUGCCGUCCGGGAGCAUGCCCUGCACCGGGCCUUCAGCGGCCCCUGUGCCCAGUCGUGACUCUCUACUUCUCACACCCGUGAUGCAGCGCGGUAGUGCCGGAGAGCCCUGGGCUGUCCAUUUGUCUGUCCUGAGCAAGCAGCGUCCAGUGGCCAGGUACGCGGCCCUCAGGUGAGAUUCACCUCCAGCCACAGAGGCUGUUCCCUGCAUUUCAUUCUUUAAAGUGGAUGUUGGUUUGGAUUAAGGAGAGAAAGAUAAAACUGCAACUCAGCUGCGAAAGCAAAAAUAAUCAGUGCAAAUCGGGCUCAGCUAUGAAAAUAGGGGGGUGACUGAUGUUUUCAAAGGUGCAUCUUGUAAAGCUGAGACCUCCGGGUAACCUACCAAGGAGCCUCGGCCCGCACAGGGCAGCUCCUGUGGGGACAGCGUGGCUUCACCCUGGGCCCUGGUUUCUGCAUCUCUCACGAAGUCUAAAGGCCUGAAAAGAAAGUGUUCAAUGCACCAAGGAGAGUUGUGGUUUUGGUUUUUGCUUUCCCAUUCCCUGUAAAUUCAGCGACAUUUGCCUUGAUGUACAGGUUCCAGUUUUCAACCUGUGACACUCCUCAUUUUCUCCUGGGUGCUUUUUGCCAUUUUAUUAAACUGCUGCAAGGGAAA